GAUUACGAUGAUGAUGAUGUUGAAUAUGAUGAUGUUUUGAAGAACGAUUUGUAUGAUGUUGACGAUGAUGACGAUGAUGAUGAUGCUGAUGAUGAUGAUGUUGUUGAUGAUGACGAUGAUGAUAAUGAUUGUGAUGAUGAUGAAGAUGACGAAUAUGAUGAUAAUCAUCAUGAUAAUGAUGACGAUGAUGAUGGUGAAGAAUUUGAUGAUGAUGAUGACGAUCACGAUGACGAUGAUGGAUAUGAUGAUGUUCCUAAUUACGAUUUUUAUGAUGUUGAUGAUGAUGACGAUGGUGAUGAUGAUGAUGAUGAUGAUGAUGAUGAUAAUGAUGAUUGGGAUGAUGAUGAUGAUGAUUCGGAUGUUGAGGAUGAUGAUGAUGAUGAAGUUGAAUAA